AUGAAACCCCCGUCCAUUUGCCAGGUCGUUGUUGUGGACCAGAAGACCGGCGAGGGAGAAAUGCGAGCGAAACAGCCGCCGAAUUGCGAGACGAAGAAAUCAUACAAGUUUGAAAUCACGGCCUGGGGCUGCGGAGGCGAAGUUUCGAAAAGGGGGUUCCUUGAAGCUGGGAGUGCGAUUAAUCUUCGACGUUAUUACCGCCAGCCGACUGGUGUCGAUAAGUGA